AUGGGAGAGUUUUUAAAAAUCAACGUUCCAGAGUGUCCAUCAGGUUUAAAGAUUAAUGAAUAUUUCAGCUAUCCAUCAAUAUCAUUAAUUUUUGCAUGUUUGGCGCUAUCAUGUUUUAUAUUUGCAAUAAUAAUCGCAUUCAAGUAUAAUAGUGUAGAUGUUUUCAAUAAAAAGAUUAGAACUCAAACUAUAUCGAAUACAUUGUGGAUUGUUUAUUAUUUAGCAUUGGGUUUAAGAGGUGCCUCAAAUACAAUCAGAUAUGCUAUGGAUAAAACACAGGAACAACAGGUAGAGGAGGUAUUUUUUAUUGCAAGUUUAACGUUGCAUGGAUUUACAGCAUUGGCAUUAAGUUUAGCAUUGAACCACCAAAGAAGAUACAGAUCAACCUCACAACAAAAUACCCAUAGAGAACAUGAACCCCUUUUAUUACAACAAAUUCAACAAGAGAAUAGACACUCAUCAAAAUUCACAGCAACUUUAAAAAAACAUAUUACACCUCUUGAGAUUUUCUUUUUAAUAUGUUUUGUUUGUUUUUUAGUUUUCCUUUAUCUCGAAGUAGACAAAGAAGAUACAACUUUUUAUUAUGUUUUAUUGGGUUUUUUCAUUUUACAACAUAUCCCAAUUAUAGUUUUGGUAUUUAUAAUAGCAUUUUCAUUAUCAAGAGAAGGACCAACUAAAAAGAGUAGAGCAUUUUUAAUUUUAGGUGCAAUUUUUAAUCUAAGUAAUUAUUUACCACUUUUUGUGUGGGCUAAAUAUCUUCCAGGUGGUUGUCCAAUGUAUAUCUUUAGUUAUGUUGACUUGAUUCAAAUUUUCGAUUUUGCUUCAUUAUUAUUCUUUUUCCUUUUCCUAAGAUCUGAAUAUGUCAGAAAUCAAGAAGAGUGUAUUUGGACAGCAGUUAGUCAAAUUCAAGAUACAUUUGAUUUUAGAUUAUUCUAA